AUGAAUGUCACUCGCUUCGAUAUGCCCCUUCAGGCCGUGAAAGUGUUUUCGCCUGCAAGGGAUGAGAAGGAUAAUUUGUGGGCGUGGACCAGGUACACCUUGCGUGGGCAGCAAUGCAGGGCGAAGAUCGUUACCCCCAACGGACCGCAGAAAGAGUUGAGAGCCCAUCCUGCGUACUUUCAUCUCGUGGACCUGCACCGCAGCGGCGAGAACUUUCAGUGGUUCGAGGUUUCCGGCCUCUUCGAAGCUUGUGGGUACCAGAAAACUAGUACCCACAGUUUUGGUGUCAGUGUCAGGUUGGAGGUGGAGGCAAUGUCUAGGACUGAAAAGACGUUGAUGGUCCCAAAUGAGGAGCUGCAGGACAUUCCCGUGAGGAUCUACGAGAAGAAGGCAGACGCUGGGCCAUCUGGUACGGUAGCGAGAGUGGCGACGGUGGUUGGGACCUCUUCCAUUCGUGCCUCCUCUCCUGCCCCCUCCCCCUCCUUCUUCUCUCCUGCCUCCUCCUCUCCCUCCUUCUUCUCUUCCUCAUCCUCCUUGACUUCUUCCUCUUCCCUCUCCUUCUCCUUCCCCUCAACCUUCCCCAUCUUCUCUGUCAUGCCUCUCGUGGCUCUCGUGGUUCUCGUUCUUUCUGACUUGGGGAUGUUUGGAUGUUCUGUAACGACUUUGAAUCGGCUUAGUAUGGGGAUGGAAGCACGACUCUGCGAUCAAUUAAUGAGCGAGACUGAAGACGAUGGCGACGACAACAGCGACAGAUUGGGAGGGUUCUGUAGUAGUGAUGGCUGCUUGGGAGGCGCGAGAAAAGGGAGCACGAAAGGAGGAGGCAUGAGAGGAAGAGGCAUGAAAGGAAGGGGUUCCAAUCAUCGCCGCCGCUCUCGCUACCGUGCCAGACCCUGCCCCAGCAUCUACCUUGUUCUCGAAGGUCUUCACCGGAAUCUCCUGCAGCUCCUCAUUACGGACCACCGACGUCUUCUCGCUCAUAGACAUCGUCCCGACCACCAACCUGACACUGACAGCAAAGCUGUGGGUGCCACUUCUCUGGUACCCGCGAGCUUCGAUGACACCGGCAACCUCGAAUCGCUGGAAGUUCUCGCCGCUGCGAUACAGCUGCAUGAGACACUCUAUUCUCAUUCCCCAUGUCCGAUUGUGAAUCAGAAACCGACUCUCAGAGUCUCGUUGCGCCCGGUGACAAUGUGGGCCCAUUAUCUGGGCCGCGCUUGCGAAGAAAUCACCGGAAAACUUUACAAGUUCAUUGAUGGUCUUGCAGGAGCGGCGUCCUUCAUUAAUAAUGAGCCGAGCACGUACAGUCAAGCAGGAUAUGUCCAGUUCCGUGGAGGAUUUGCAGUUGAACACAGUAAUGCAUACAUGAAGGAGUUCAAUCAAUUCAUAGACAUUUUCCAAAAAUCUAAGUCAAAAGCUCAUCAAGAAUUCGCCAGAUCAACUAAGAGGAUUACUAAAAAAAAUGGUUCAACAGUAUUCAAGCGGAUCUAUUGGUACACUCACUCAUGUUUAUUAUCCAUCGAGCCAGGACCAUAUAUGUGUUAUCUUCUUUUAUUGCCUAAUUUAGCGAACUUUUCAGAAAACUACCCUUAA